GAGAGAGAGGUCGAGAAAGAUUGACAUUGCGAGAGAGAGGGGGGGGAAGUUGAAGUCAGAAACCAGCCACCAGCCUGGAGUAACUGUUGCUAUUGGGAAUGAGACAGAGCAGAUUCCCAAAGAAGCAUACAGAGAGAGGCACACUGAGAGAAAGAAAACAAGAGAAGAAUUCAAUAGCCAUUUGAUUUCACCAUGCUAUCAUAACCUCUCUACCUUUUCUCCUACGGAUUAACUGAAGGAACAAAUAAAUGAUCCUUGGGAUUUGAACUGUUUUCUGACCAAACCAAGACGUGGUGGGAACGUAGAGCCACCUGUGAAAAGGUGGCAUUGUGGUCAGGUUGCCAGUGAGUAAUGAUAAGGGAUCAGGUCACCCGUCUCCGCGACAGAGUUUAACUUUUAGUGAGGAAAGCUGUAAAAAGAAAAACAUAUCAGCAUCUUGGAGGCAACAUCCCUCUACAUACGAUACACCUGCCAUAAGAAAUUCUGUAAGAGAAGCAAAGGCAGGGAGAACUGGAAGUUUACUGGACAUCUUUUCAACAACUUCCCUGUCAGUGACAAAUAGCGACCUUGCACCAGGGAACCUUAGCCGCUGAAUUUCAACCACCAAAGCCUUUUUUUCCUGAGGGACACCUGAAGUCUCAUCAGGUAAGAUUGGCAACCCCGAGGCCACUGUUGUGGUGAAGAUGACAUUCGCCAUGCUGCGCACGGCACCUCCUGCGGGCCGCUUCAUGUACAGCGACAUUGCCCUGCUCUCCGAAGACGACGAUGAGAAUGGGAGCGAGGGGUCAGGCUCCGAGGAGCGUACCACCGGCAGCUCCUCCGCCGCUUUCCGCCUGUCCUCCUCCUCACCGUCUGCCUUUCACAUCAAGGUGAACAGGAAGAGGAAGCUGUGCGGGGGAGUCGGAGUAGGAGUAGGAGUAGGAGUAGGAGUAGGAGGGGGAGGGGUGAGGCUGGGGCCCCCAGUUCCAACCAACCCCGUUCACGGGGAGACCCGCCAGAGGAAUGCGGCCAACGCGCGGGAGAGAGACCGCACCAACUCUGUCAACACGGCCUUCACCGCGCUGCGCACCCUCAUCCCCACCGAGCCCGCUGACAGGAAGCUGUCAAAGAUCGAGACUCUACGAUUGGCCAGCAGUUAUAUCAGUCAUCUGGGAAAUGUGUUGCUCUUGGGUGAGGGACUUCAUGACGGACAGCCUUGCCAUGCCCCCUCGCCGCCAUUUUUUCACCUAAACUCCUCCCCUAGCCGAGGGUCCGACCAAUCAGCGCAACCCAAGCACAUCUGUACUUUCUGCCUCAGCAACCAAAGGAAAAUGAACAAAGACAGAGACAGGAAGACAGCCAUCAGAAGUUAACAACAAGGACCUGCAAAAAACCAGACCAUCACCCUGUGGACACACACCAAAGUGGAUUACAUGUUAGUCCAACAGACGUCUAGGGCUGAGACGGUGUCUUCAACGGCUGUUUCAGUGACUCUUGCAUUAUAUCUUGAGGACUUUUAAGGCAUUAUGUGUGUUUAAAAGACUUUUGCAAGAUUUUUUACAGCACUUCGAAGGUUUUUCUUUCUUUCCCCCACCCCUCUUCCCCCCCGAGGACCUUUACAGUACUUUAUGGAAUUUUUACAUUGCUUCAUAAGAACUUCACACAUUACCUGUCAAUGUAGUAAUUCACUCUUGAGUCACAAGUUUAACAGUAACUUUUCAGUAACUUUUAAUGGAAUUUCGCACGCUUGUCCCAAACAUGAAGGACCUUAACAUGAGGGACUUAAUUAUGAGGGACUUUUUACUGUGGUGUUCGGCCUGUGAGUCUAAAGAGCCAAUGACGCGUGACUGGACAACACACGAGACAUAUCUUUUAUGAAAGACAAAAUUGUAUUCACCAAACGUUGCGUGUUAUUGAUGUGUAAACUGAACUAUAAAUGUAUAUUUAUGUGACAUAACAUUAUAUGAUGAGACUAUGUUAUUUAACAGGCCUAUUGCUCUCUGGAGGAUGUUUUGGGUGCAAAACAUUGGCUUUUCUCACACUCAUGCAGUUUGUGACGUUCUCUGGGAUUAUUUCAAAACACAACAAAACAAACCAUGCUGGAACAUUUGUGGUAAUGGUAUUUCUAAUAAUCAUCUUUUUUUUUUUAAGUGCCUUGGUGCUGAAAAAGUAACUGAAGGUGACCAAUAAAUGUCUGUGUAU